AUGAUGAAGAAGACGAUCCAGUUUUAUGCAUCAACCUCAACGAAAAUAAAACCAUCAUCACUCUUUCAAUCUUACAGUCUGAAUCCAAUCUUUCUUUCGGGUCAAAAGCUAGCCCAUGAUCCAUCUCACGCGCCGCCGGAGCAGCGUCGGACUCCUAAUGUUCCAGACUUUGAUCCAUUGUUGCUAUCAGAAAAGCCUUCUGAUCCACCACCAUCAUCUCCUGGGCCGAAUCCAGGCCCACCGAUGCCGUCCCCACCUCGGCCUGAUGGUCCACGGCCGCCGACACCUUCGCCGCCCGGUCCAGACAUCCCUCGGGGUCCACCAGAAGUAUUUCCGCCGCGUGCACCUGAGAUUAUAAAGCCAAAGCCGCCGGAUCCUGGGCCGCCACCCCCAAAGUAUGUGAUGUUUUGCAACAUGUCCACCGUCUCUGCAGUCUCAUUGAACCUCAUAAAGAAAACUACACCUUUUUCUCCAUUAAUCUCAACCAUAGCCAAACCAUCAUCUGUGUCUCAAUCUUCCAAUGCCAUCUCUCUCAAAGAAAUCAACCCUAUCCACGGCUGCCCAGCUUCAAUCUCUCUAAUUUCCGGCCAAAUGCGUCACCACCAAUCUGACGUGCCUCUAAGAACUCCGCCGGAGUUUCCCUCGGAGCCACCCGAGCACAAUCCCGCUGUGCCUCCGGAGGUGCUUUGGACCCCUAAUGUUCCGGACUACGACCCAAUUCCGCCAGAAAAGCCUGCUGAUACUCCACCUCUGUCUCCAGGGCCGACGCCUGAUUUUCUGGGGUCACCGAUGCCAUCGACGCCGCCUCCUGACAUUCCGCUGCCACCGAUGCCGUCGCGGCCGCCUCCUGACAUUCCGCAGCCGCCGAUGCCUUCGUGGCCAGGUCCCGACAUCCCGCAGGGGCCGCCGGAUGUGUUUCCGCCACGCGCUCCUGAUUUUAUCCCUCCGAAGCCACCUGAUGUUGGGCCACCAGACCCACAGUCGCCGGAAAUUCCACCACCGGUGUGUGACUAG